AUGAGUCGAUUUCUCGACAUUGAUCUUAAUGACAAGAGAAUUCCACCAAACUUUGGUUAUAGACAUCAAUCAUUACUUUCACUUGAACAUGCUCUUGAGCCCAUCGUGCCUCGUAUUGACCAUUUGCAUCAAUAUAUCAAGGAAGCUUUAGAAAAAUGCCAUUUUCCAUCCGAACACAACCUUACACAUGACGAAUCAGCCUCGAUUUAUCUUUAUACCAUGGAAUGGGGUGCUCAUAGUUUAUAUCAAUUGUUGAAUAACGAUUUGCGAUCGGAAGACCCAUCUUCAUUGACACCAUGGGCUAAUUAUCUCAAAUUAUUCGAAAUUGCACUUACAAAACUGCCCAAAGAGAAAAAACGUCUUUGGUGUGGUACGAAAGAUAAUGUCAACCAGAAUUUUAUUAAAGGUAGUGAAAUAAUUUGGCGAAGUGUGAGUUCUUGCUCAACCACACUAAAUAUCAUCAAAGAAUUUCUCGGCAACGAUACAAAUGCUACACUCUUCAUGAUUGAAGCGGUGAACGGUAGAAAUUUGAGUGGCUAUACAAAACAUCCAGAUGAAAACGAAGUAUUGCUCGGUCCAGGCACUCGAUUAAGUGUGGAAAGUGAUGAUUUAAAACUUAAUGAUGGUCUAAAAGUUCUGCAUGUAGUAGAAAUAACGGACAAGAAUAAUGAAACAUUACCAGCAGUCAUAAAUACGAUUAGCAUAACAUCAAAACCAGAAAUUCUUACUGAUAUGAAACAUGAUAAACGAUUAAUUCAAGAAUUUGUCGCCUAUUGUCGUGAUUGGCAUGGUAACGAAUUCCCAAAACAGGAUAUCGAACAGUUUCAACAAGAAUAUCAUGAACAUUCACCCAUUUGGUGGUAUACAGCACCGCAUUUUCUCUACUCAGUGCUUGAAUAUUCUUUGGAAACUCUAGAUUUUGAAGCAAUCAUCAAGCUGGGUUUCUUUAUUCGCGAUCUUCAUGAACAAUUAGGAAAACUUCAUUCCAAACAGUUCAAAAAAGUUAAGGGAGAAUUGACUGUCUACCGUGGUCAAGGAUUACCAAAAAGUGAUUUACAAAAGUUAAAAUCACAUAACAAAUCAAUUUGUAUAUGUGAUCAGGAUUAUUAUCGUGUUGAAUGUUUUACUUAUGAUCGAACAAAUGAUCAAUGUCAAGCAUGUUUAUCUUAUGGUAUAUGUUUAAAAGUUCUUUUUUUACAUUUUGUUCGUUCAAAAUUACGUAAAACUGGUGUUGGAAAUUCUUUUCUUAUUAUAUCAAUUAUUAAUCAAUGUUCACUUUUAUUCUUAUUAUUAAAAAUUAUACAUAUUAUUUUGAGAACUCGAAGUCAUGUAAAAACAACUGGUGGACGAUAA